AUGGGGAAGGAAGGAAAAGUAGAAGCUGCCCCCGCGACCGACGUCGGUGUGCUCUCUAGCCCUUAUCUCCGAGUGAAAGAGGAGCCUUGUGAUGCACCAAUCAUUGAAAAUAAUAAUGAAAUGAUUGACGAGAAGCCCGAUCUUAAGAACAUCCAACUCUUACCACGUCUGCCAGAAAAUUCAAUGCCUAACGCUCGGAAAUGUGAAGGAAAUCAUGAUAUUGUACGCGAUGAUAAAUUGAAAAUAGUUUUUGAAUGCCAAGACGUCAAGCCCAACAUUAAUUUAUCAGCAGUUCAGAAAAUUGAAGAUGAUUCGCGAGAUAUCGAAUAUAGUGAUGGUUGUAAAACUAAAAACAAAAUUAAAAUAGAGCCUGCAGUGGUAGUAAAACAAGAAAUCAUGGAUGAUGCUGCAGAUAGAUCGAAUUUGAAUUUCAACCCUAUAAUUGUCGAACAAAAUAUAAAAAGAAGAAUUACAAAAAAUCUUAACGAAGAUCAUGACCUCAAAAAACACAAGGGUGCGGUGCAUAGCGAUACAACCCUAGCAUGUGAAAUAUGUGCAAAGAAAUAUUCAAAUAAGUAUAAUCUUAAAAUCCACAUCGAGUCGGUGCAUAGUGGAAUCACUUACGAAUGUGAUAUAUGCCAAAAGGCAUCCUCAAGUAAGAGUAAUCUCAAAAAACACAUCGAUUCAGUACACAAUAGAGUCACAUAUGCAUGUGAUUUAUGCGGAAAGAAGUUCUCAGAGAAUGGUAGUCUUAAAAAACACAUCGAUACCGCACACAAUGGUGUUAGACAUGCAUGUGAUAUUUGCGGCAAAUCAUUUACUCAAAAAGUUGGUCUCAAAAAACACGUCGAUGGAAAACAUAAUGGUGUCAAACUUGAAUGUGAUGUUUGCAGAAAGUCAUUUUCACUUAAAACUAAUCUCAAAACCCACAUCGAUUCCGUGCACAAUCGGGUCACAUGUGUAUGUGAUGUAUGCGGAAAGAUAUUUACAAGAAAAGAUCAUCUUAAAACCCACAUCGAGUCAGUGCAUCAUAAAAUCACGCAUGCUUGUGAUUUAUGUCAAAAAAGAUACUCAGACAAGCGUAAUCUCAGAAAACACGUCGAUUGGAAACAUAAUGGUGUCAAACAUGAGUGUGAUUUAUGCGGGGAAAAAUUCACAACGAAAUCUUAUCUCAAAGAUCACAUUGAUUCGCUACAUAAUGAUCACACUUACAUGUGA